CCGACCUGAAGAUCACCACCGCUCCAAAUAACAUCCAGGUGUCUGAAGGCAGCACAGCUCUGCUGCCCUGCGUGGUGUCAGGAGACAACGUCAACAUCGGCUGGUCCAGAAACGGCGUCCCGGUGCGUCCGGACGGUCGUAAAAUCCUGACGUCGUCUGACGGCAGCCUGAUCCUGAACAACGUGAAGCCUUCAGACGAGGGGACGUACACGUGUAACGCUUACACCGGCAUCUACUCUGUGAGCGCCACGGCCGAAGUCAGAGUCACUAAAGACACACAAGGCGGUGAUGUUCCUCCAGAGUGCGUCGACCAGCCCGAGCUCGCCAACUGUGAGCUGAUCGUUUACGCCCGGCUCUGCUCCAACUCGUACUACUCCAGUUUCUGCUGCGCCAGCUGCACCCGGCACUCACAGAGGAACAAAAGGUUCGGCCGACUCGGAUAAAGCUGACGACGUUGUUGUUGUUGUUGUUUUGAAAGACUCUGGAGGUGAAGCCGUUUGGAGGACUGCAUUCUUAAAAAAAACAAAAACACUUUGAACUCUGAACUACUGCGAUCGCCAAAAAGACUGGAGACCCCGGACAUCUGACCCGUUUGUGCAGAAUCAGGAUUCAUAAAGGAAUGACAAAGGGACCGAUGACUGUAGAUGAAUCUGUGAAGCAGGAGUCUGUUUGUACACUGAAUAUAAAAACAUAGAACCUGACCUGCUGUCAACACCAGCUGACUGUGAUGAAACCUCCGAGACGUCCUGAACAUAACUUAUUAACCUGCUGACCCUGUUCUCUGUUCUCAAGAGAAUCAUCUCUCCCUCUCUCUCUCUCUCUCUGUCUCUCUCUCUCUCUCUCUCUGUCUC